GGGACACUUGCUUGUUUGAUUUCGUAGAAGCUGGAAUCGAGUUUGAAUUUCCAGAAUCCUCAAAAUUUGUGAAGUCAGUGAUUAUCAUUAUCGAUAAUCCUAGCAGAGACAUUUGGAGGUACACGAUGAAUACGUUGGUUCCUCUAUUGCUGGUUGUCCUGGCCCUGUACACACCAACACCAUCUGUGGCGGGAGAGCCAGGAUCAGAACUAUGUGAAUGUCCAAAACCCAAACAACGCAGGCUUUUCACUCUUGCGAUCAAUGCAAAUGAUGCGAAAUGUCUCGAGUUCGAAUACCGCAUCAAACCAUCAGCAGACAGGAUCCUGACAGUGGCCUUGAAGAUAGGUGGCGCCAUCGAAGCGCCACUCUGGUCGGCAGUCGCUGGCAGUGGGAAAGAUUGGAAAAAUGCAACUCUUCCGGUCAGAAAAGGACGCUACAAUAUCGUGUUUGAUGGUGUUAGACAUGCUGAUCGAAAUGGUCUUGUCGCCAUCAGAGACAUAACACUCCAUGACGGCGCCUGUUUCGGAGCCGUUGCCCAAUAGCCGACACCCAGCAUACUUACGUAAGAACGAGGGACACCUGUCAUAACUCGGUUAAAAGUGGUCCCGGUUAUUUGGACCGACGAGAUCACAGCUCUUCAGCGCCUCCUAACUGCAAGCUAAAUAACUAUAAUAGACUCCAAAACAAUCCAAGAGAAAUUGUGAAAAUGAGAACGAUAUAAAAAAUUUCUCAUCAUAUUGGAGCAAACUAAUACAAUGUAUAUCAGUCACAAAUGGCUAAUCUUGCUAGUUAGUGAUGUUUUUUUUGGACUCAUGUACUUGUAUUGAGGUAUAUUGGUUCACAAUGUGAUUCUUAUUUCUGUCACUGAAUUUGUGUUUUCCGUCGAUUUUCUCCUUGAAAUCGAUCACUACAGGUCUUAUUAUCAUUGUUCAUAGCCUAGCUGUAUUUGUAUGCAGUUUUGUCUCUUCAGAUUUAUUUCAUAUAAAUUGCUUGGUUUUUGAGAAAGGGUGAUUUGUGGUCAUUUGUCCGUUUAUUUCGUGGAUAAUUUGGGAAAUGGCUGCUUACUCGAUAACUGCUUUUAAAAUAAAAUAAAAGGUAUUUGAUAUUACUAACUUGCUCUCAUAAGCUUUCAAUAUUUUGGGAACCCUUGGUCCCGUGAUCCUGUCUACAGCAAUAUUUAAUGCAGACUCUUCGAAUUUGCAACGGACCGCUAUAAAGUCUCGGCUUUUGCUGCAUCUGGUAAGAUCUUCGGAAUAUUCAACUUAUAUUGAGCCACGUUUUUCCUUGGCCACCCGAUAUGUAUACAGCAAAUAUGAAAU